CGAAGUGCUUGACAGUUGAAGGUGAUGAUGAGGUAUGGUGUGUUCAGACGUCGAGGCUGAUUUGAGAAUUGCAAUCGAAUGCGCCUCCAAGAAUCCGUCAUAGCACUCUUACCAUGUCCCACUCGUUCAUCUUACCUAUACUGUGUUACCUUCAUGUCGUGCUGAUACUCGCAUACUCCCACAAACCCUUCGACCAGUCCCCCCUUCCUCCAUCACCAAUUUUCCGUCCCAAAAAACCAUGUAUCUCCCCUCACCCUGUCCCCUCACCACCCCGUCACAUCCCUUCUCCUUCUCCCCAAAAUCCACCACCAUUACCACCACCACGUCACCACCACGCCCCCGAUCCCAAACCCUCCCACCGAAAAACCACCGAUCUCCUUCUCCAUCGCCCAGCCCAUGCCCAGCAAACUGUUGUGCUAUAUCGCAUAGUUGAUAUCUUUGCUUACUUGCAUAUGACUAAUUUUCAUUUGUUAAGAAAAGUUUUGGGCGUUGCUGGAGAUGCUCGGCGCGGCGAAAUUUUGGAAAAUGUCGCGUCGCCGAGGUCGGGGAUUUUGACUGCAACGACUUGUCAAGGUUUAAAGGAUUUUAUUUCUGGUGGAAUGGAUAGAGGUUAGGAGAGUGGGAGGUAUGAAGGGAAGUUGAUCAGAGUAGGUGUAUGUGCGAGAUGAUUAUGGAUGUGGGAGACUGUGUCUUUUGAGGAGAGGUGGGAUGGGAUGAUAGAAGCAAGUUGUUAGCAGACGAUUCCAUGCGCCCAGUCGCUGUGUUGGAAUAGGGGUCCCUAAGGAGGACAAUAGAAAGGGUACUGGAGUCUGCCGACACGCGAGGGUCGUGCUGAGGGCAUCGUUGUCAUAUAAUCGCUCUGGUAUUCAGCAUGUUGGCUGUAAACGAAGUAGUACAGAAG